AUGGUAACCAUUCAAGCCGAUGAAAUUAGUAAUAUUAUUUGUGAACGUAUUGAGCAAUAUAAUAGAGAAAUAAAGAUUGUAAAUAUCGGUACCGUACUUCAAGUAGGUGAUGACAUUGCUCGUAUUCACAGUCUUGAUGAAGUAAUGGCGGGUGAAUUAGUAGAAUUUGAAGAGGGUACAAUAGGCAUUGCUCUUAAUUUGGAAUCAACUAAUGUUGAUGUUGUAUUAAUGGGUGAUGGUUUGCUGAUACAAGAAGGGAGUUCUGUAAAAGCAACAAGAAGAAUUGCUCAGAUACCAAUGAGUGAGGCCUAUUUGGGUCGUGUUCACAUCAGUGGGAUAUUUCUAUGCGGGUCUUAG